GCGUGUUGCGGACGACGCGGUUUUGGUGGCAUCCGGUGGGAGUUACGAAUUCAAAGAUUGAAAACAGUUUGUUUUGAAUCAGAUGAUCUGCUCCUAAUUUACCGCAAAAUCAACCAUGCCGGUAAAAUUCAAGGGAAAAUCAGACUACAAACAAAAUUUCAAAUGGUUUGAUUCAUAUCGUAGCAAGGGUUUUGUACCAACAUGUGAACAGGCAGUUCCAUCAGCUGGGAUGGAGACAACAAAGGCUUCACUGGUUACUGAGCCACCCCUACAGAGGAGGAGGAAAGUCACAGGCCCGCCGGUGUCUUUGUCUACUGAAUUUUAUGACCAGCGUUUGGCUCAGCCUGCCCGGGAUUUUGCUUUGCUCGGUCAAAAUGAGAAGUUUGCCAGCAAUGUACAGUACCGACCAAAGUCUUGCAACUUUAACAACAACAAUCGAGCUUUGUCACCACCAAAACAACUUCGCAUGGAGCAGCAACAUGAUCAAAUCAUUGACAAAGCAAAGCCUGCUCCGGUAGUUAACACACAGAAGUUUGUGGAGCCCCCAAUGCCUCCCACCCCCCUCGCCCCACGCAGGGAGUCUGGCCAGGCAGCUCUAAAGACCAAGAUGGUACAGACACACCAGAAGAGCAAGCCUGUCCCUCAGAAGACCGGUGACAAGGCUGUCCGUGAGCUGCCUCUGAAGCAAGCUGCUGGGAAGAGCAGGACGAAGGAGAAUGAAGCACCGGUGAAGCAGGCUUUGAAGGAUAAGAAUCUCAGUGAUGUUCUGGGAGAACUGAAGAAGAAAAAGCCCAGCAUGAACGAGUUCACUCAGGCCAACAUGGAGAAGGGUGUGGUUGAUUCUGCCCCUGAAGCUCCUGCUGACUAUGCCAUGAAGUACAAGGCAGGUGUUGCCCCAUCCCGGCCAUCACGCAAACAGUCGGAGUACCAGCGGGAGUUUGAGUGGAAGAACAGAAUAGGCUCUUCCCCCAUGUUAGCUGCAGAACAGGUGGUGUACAACAGUAAGGUGGGGCCGGUGAAGACAUCAGGCUUCCCAAAGACCUCCGAGUACAACGCCCAGUUCAAGAAGUGGAAGGCAGUGGAGAACGAGCCGGUCCCAGCAGUGAAGCGCGCAGUGCGGCAGAUGGCUGCCACUAAACAGAAGGCACUGAAGAGGAGCAAGAGUGUUGGUGCUGUGGAUGGCCGCAAUGCUGCUAGACGUGGUCCAUCUGUAGAACGGGACAGACAGGCUGGCCAGGAGGAGGAAGAGGAGGCUAAGGCAGAGGUGCCUAAAGCACAGCCUCACCAUGGAAAACUCAGGAGAGUGGUCUCUGAGUAUGCUGCCAACUUCAAGAACCCACAGAAGUUCAGCUAUGACAAGGGAGCAUGGAAGGGGGCCGAUCCUCCUCACAUGUAUGCCCAGAAGCCUGAAGUUGCCAGUGAGGAGCCCCCACUGAAGAGCUGGUUUGCUGAGGUUCUUGAGCUGCGACGUAAAGCCGAUGAGUACAAGAAGAGAGCUCAGGGCACUCACUUCUCUCGGGAACACCUAGUGCAGCUACUGGCUAAACAGGCUGGCUUCUGGGACAUCCCAACAGCACGUAGCAGCAGCAGCAGCACCCUGUCAGCUCUGUCACUGGAGGCUGGCAACCUUGUACAUAAAACAAAGAAACAAUUAAGAUCAAAGAAAGAGUCCGAGAAGAAUCUUGUAGACUUUGAGUCCUGCAAGGCCACCAUCGCAGACUCUGAGACACCAUCAGAGCCUGAUGAUGGUUUGUUUGAGGAGCGGCCGGCAGCUGGGAAGAAGAGCCGGAAGAUGGCUUGGAGUGAUGAGAACAUGGAGCAGGAUCAACUGGAAGAAGAUGCGGUAGAGAGUGUCAUCUCCCCAUCAGUAUCUUCUGGGACUGCCCAAGGCAGGAUCCCCACCCCACAGUGGAGGCAAGCUGGUAAAACACCCAAGAAGACCAGGCACCAUCUGGACCGCACUACCCCAGCUGUUGGGGGUGCCAUCCUCACCUCUCCCCCUCAUCCGGUCACCCGGUCAAGGUCCUCAAGAUCAGGCAGCAGUCAGGACACCUGGGAGGAAGAAUCAGAGAGAAAACAAUUUGGAAAGACUUAUAACCUGAACCGACUGCUGACAACCCCCACGUUUGGACAGCCAUCACACGACACACAUGCCUUGAGAGACGAUGCCGCCUCCAUGGACCAGCCUCUGAGAACCACCUAUGUGUUCACCCCCGGGGAGGAUCUGGCCGACCUGGAGCAGGAGGUCGUGGAAGAGCCAUUAGCUGCUGCCCCUGCUCGUCGACAGUCUCGUAGGAAGGAGAGGAUGCGGCCAGCUGGUGUACCCUCCACCCUGCAUGAGCAGAUGGGUCAGACAUACAACAAGCCAGUCCUCAACUUGCCUCCAGACUCUGAACCUGCUGAAGAUAAUGAUGACAACGUGUCCCUCUCACUGUCUGUCCGAUCCAUCGCGUCCAGCUGUUCAAUGGUGUCGGAUAUUUAUGAGCGAUCUAAGAAUCGGAGGGACAACUUCUGGACAAAGGGAGACAUUGCUACCAGAUGAAUACAUGUAUAGGUGUCUGCUGACUGCUGUGCGUGGUGUGCUACUGACUACCAACAUCAUCUCCUGUGUAUCUGGAUCAUGAUGGUUUCUAUGCUGUGAUCAUGAUAUAUCGAUUCGUGACAAUUCUAGCAUCACUUUGAAAUCAGAACAGUGCUGUAAUACUGCUAUUACUGUGCCGUUCUUAACCAGAUGGUGUUUCAAUGAGGCAGAUGCUCAUGUGAUUUGUUGUUUUGUUUUCGAGUCUUCAAGUCAUGAAGUAUCUGUCCUCAAAGUACACAGCACACAUGCUGUUGCUGUGUCCAACCACAAUGACGCCAUCUUUUUGUCAUGAUAUUAUUUGUUACAAACCUUCAUCUUCAUCAUAGAUAUGAGGUUACAGCUGAGAAGGGUAUUACCUGUCCUGUUGGUAGUUAUUCUACAAGAAUGUGAUACACGUUCAUUUUAGGAUGAGAAAUCACGUGUUUGUUCUUUUAGAAUAUUUUACCUGUUAUAAUGAUGUACUAUCAUCUAAAUUUGUUUGUUGAAAUCAAAUUAUUCAUUUAAUAUUUGUGGAAGUUGUUGCAGAACUUUGACUGUUGUUUUACUUCUCAUUUUACAGUAUGAGUUUAGUACUGACCAGUAUUAUUAUUAGAUUAUAUAUUAAGCAUGAAACCAGUGCAAAUUUAAAUUUAUUUGACUCUUUUACGGUUGGGAGUACAUGUAUGGUUUUAUUUUAUUUUGUGCAUGCUAGAAUAGGUGCAUUUCUUAAUUUGACCUUAAUCAGUGAUAGUGAUGCUAUUGAAGUAUGAAUUAUUACUUAUGGUAUUUUAAUUUUUCUGAAAGAUGCCAGUCUUCUUAAACAAGAAACCUUAUAUUUAGGGAUGUAAUGUUUAACGAAACGGAAUAAUAUAAAAUAUAUUAACUUAAGAUUUUAGUCAUUGUUUAUUGAGUGUCCGUGAGUUAACAUUCUUUAUCAUCAAAAACUGGCUCCCACAGGAGAUAUCGCUUGGAUUAGAUCAAGUGAUAUCUACACUGUAGAUAUCGCUGCAAUGAAAUUACAUCACAAUGCUUUGCAGACCAUUGUGACGUUACAGCUAAUUACUGU